GUUCUGCUCCUGCGCGGACGACUCGCACGCGAAGGUGUGGGACCUGCGGACCGGGACGGAGGAGCGCGCCUUCACGGGGCACGGCUGGGACGUCAAGUGCUGCGACUGGCACUCGACGAAGGGGUUGGUGGCGACGGGUUCGAAGGACUCGCAGAUCAAGCUUUGGGAUCCCCGCGCGAGCGAGGCCAUCACGACCAUCUUCUGCCACAAGAACACGGUCACCAGAGUGGCCUGGAGCCCCAACGGCCAGUGGCUCGCCAGCGGGUCCCGGGACCAGCUCGUGAUGCUGAUGGACAUCCGCACCAUGAGCGUCCGGAAGGUCUUCAAGGCGCACCAGAAGGAGGUGACCUCAUUGUGCUGGCACCCAGAGUCCGACUCGGUGCUUGCGUCGGGCGGCUACGAGGGCGACAUGCACUUCUGGGA